AUGCGACGUAUCGAUUGUCUGAGGCAAGCCGAUAAAGUGUGGCGGUUAGAUUUGGUCAUGGUCAUCCUUUUCAAGGGCAUCCCACUUGAAAGCACAGACAGUGAACGUUUGGAGAAAUGUGCUGAGUGUGUAUUUCCCGCUGUCUGUGUGAACCCUUAUCACAUUUCCAUAGCCGUGCGUGAAUUAGAUUUGUUUCUUGCAAACUUUAUACGCACUGGCAAUCCAAACGAAAAGAAUGUGCGAGAAGAGAAACCAGAAGAGAAGCAGAAAGGUAGGUAUAAAUGUAAGAUCACGUUCAGUAGUUAUCAAUACUCAAUAUUUUCAUAAUA